GAGAAGGAGAAGAAGACAGAAGUUUAUACGAUUAGUUUUUGUAGAAGACUUUGAAUUCCCUUCAAUAAAAGAAAUCCCCAUUUUGCUUGGUUUAAAUUUUUCAUCCUUAUGUGUUAGGGUACAUGGAAAUCGACAAAGCAAUCAAAGAAAGUGAUGAUAGAAGGCUCAAAACCAAGUACAAUAACGCCAUCUAUGUUAUUCAACGAGCUCUUACUCUAUACUCGAUUGAAGAGGUUGCCUUCAGCUUCAAUGGUGGAAAGGAUUCAACGGUUUUGUUGCACUUGCUUAGGGCCGGCUAUUUUUGGCAUAAAGAGAGACACAACUGUUCUGAUAGGGGUCUAACUAGUUUUCCGAUUCACACAAUAUAUUUUGAAAGCAAUUCUGCUUUCCCCGAAAUCAAUUCUUUUACCUAUGAUACAGCCUCUAGCUAUGGUUUGCAAUUGGAUAUCAUUAGCUUAGAUUUCAAAUCUGGAUUGGAAAAUCUACUAAAGGCUAAUCCUAUCAAAGCUAUUUUCCUUGGUGUUCGUAUUGGUGAUCCUACUGCGGUAGGCCAAGAACAGUUCUCCCCUAGUUCGCCUGGAUGGCCACCUUUUAUGAGAGUGAAUCCUAUCUUGGAUUGGUCUUAUAGAGAUGUUUGGGCCUUUAUUUUAACCUGCAAAGUCCAAUACUGCAGCCUUUAUGAUCAAGGAUAUACUUCAAUAGGGAGCAUAUAUGACACAGUAACAAAUUCACUGCUGUGUAUAAAUGACUCCAGUUGUAACAAAAAAUUUAAACCUGCAUAUUUGCUCUCUGAUGGAAGAUCAGAAAGAGCGGGAAGGGUAAAAAAGUUGUCUUCUUCCAUUCCUGGGCAUUUUUCUGUUGUCAGUGAUAGCUCGGACAGUGCGGACCCACAUAAAAAUGGCAUGCUUGUGGCCUCAAUUAUUGUUGUGGGGGAUGAGAUUCUGUUUGGCACUGUUGAGGAUCAAUUGAGUACUUCAUUGUGUAGAAAGCUCUUUUCAAUUGGGUGGUCAGUAUCACAAAUUGCCAUUGUCCAGAAUGAUAUAGAUUCUGUGGCUGAAGAGGUUGAGCGACAUAAAUCUACCAAUGAUAUGGUAUUUAUAUAUGGAGGGUUAGGUCCAUUACACUCGGAUGUUACCUCAGCAGGUGUUGCAAAGGCUUUUGGGGUUCGCUUGGCUCCAGAUGAAGAAUUUGAAGAAUAUCUUAAGCAUCUUAUUAGUGAUUAUUGCACUGGCGAUCGAAAUGAGAUGGCUUUGUUACCUGAAGGUAUCACUGAAUUAUUGCAUCAUGAAAAGCUACUUGUUCCUAUGAUCAAGUGCCAAAAUGUAAUUAUUCUUGCGGCAACAAACAUUACUGAGCUGGACAAGGAAUGGGAGUGUUUGACAGAAUUAGCAGAAUCAUAUGGCCUGUUAGCAACGAUGGAACCACUUGUAUCAAAACGCUUAAAAACCAAUCUCUCAGAUGUAGAAAUCGCCCAACCUCUAUCAAAACUUUGUCUUGAAUUUCCUGAUGUUAAUAUUGGGGCUUAUCGCAAUUGCAGAAAUGGGUCUCUAAUAAUUAAUUUUGAAGGAAAGUUGCAGAAGCAAGCGCGGAUCGAUUUAGCUGUAGAAGCAUUAUGCAAGAUGUUCCAUCCUAGGGCAUUUACUGAAGUUAACUAAGUUGGUGGUUCUGCUUGUCUUUGAUGUUGCUUUUGAAGCUUCAGAAGCUGAUAUCUUGUUCGAUAUUUGUACUGGUUUGCAACUUAUACAAACUUAUACGGAGCAAGAGGUGGUUUUACUUUGGUUUUGCUGCAGAAGCAUUAAGCAAGAUGCUCCAUCCAAAGGUAUUUACCGAAGUUAACCAAGGUGCUGGUUCUGCUCAUCUUCGAAUUGUUGCUUUUGAAACUUUAGAAGCUAAUGGCUUAUUCAAUAUUUGUACUGGCUUACAACAUAUAUGGAGUGGACUAGGAGGUUGUCUUGUAGUUGGUCUAAAAUUAAGGUUUUCAAACAUAGCUUAACCUAUAAAUUUGUCUAGGCAGAGGAACAAAAAUUUAAAGUUUCAUUGGUAUUCAAUCAAAAUUGAAUUAAAUAUA